UAGGACCCUGCAGAUUGUUAUGGACCAGACAUCCAUCAACACAAACGUUGGAGACAAGCACACCUUUAUGGGGUCUCUGCCAGGGACAAGGAUGUAGGCUAAGAAAGAAACCCCAAAGAAAGUUCAACACAAUAACAAAAAGUUUCGGCAUUGAGCCAUGUCAUUGGCUGCCUAACACUAGACAGGAAAAUUCGAUGGUUUCUGAUGUCAAACUAGAGACAGAUUCCUACUAUAUAUGACAAGCAGUAGCGACCGCAUAUUUUCUGCCUCAUCUUCUCAGAUUACUACUAGUUUCAACAAAGGCAACGUAAACACUCACCUGGAGGACAAGAUGAGCGCUUCAGUGGCUGUGUACCGAAAUAUUUACACCGAGGACCGGUUCAGACAGUCGUACGGUACCGAGGACAAGCCCCGUGGAGGUGGUCAACGUUUUCGGGAGAAGAUCACGGAACGGUGCAGGUGUUCCCGUGCAGCAUGCCUUCACCUGUUGAGGGAACGAAUUCCCAUUUUUAACUGGCUGCCGAAGUACAGGCUGAAAAAAUGGAUGUUAGGUGAUACAAUAGCGGGACUAACAGUCGGUAUACUUCACAUUCCACAAGGUAUGGCCUUUGCCUUACUGACGUCAGUGGCGCCCAUCUAUGGCCUCUACACCUCCUUCUUCCCUGUGGUUCUCUACAUGCUGUUUGGCACAGGACGGCAUGUAUCCACUGGUACCUUUGCAGUGGUGAGCCUGAUGACAGGCUCAGUGGUGGAACAGCUGGUGCCCACACCUCUACAGCUCAACUCCUCCAGUCCAGAGGCUGCAGACUUUGAGGCCCAGAGGAUUGGGGUUGCCUCCGCUGUAGCCCUACUCUCAGGGAUCAUGAUGCUCUGUAUGUUUGGGCUACAGCUGGGUUUCCUCUCUACAUACCUGUCAGAACCCAUCGUCAAGGCAUUCACCAGCGCUGCAGCCUUCCACGUCACCAUCUCACAGCUGCAAAGCAUGCUGGGACUGCGGCUCCCCCGCCACACCGGCCCCUUCUCACUCUUCAAGACCCUUGCGUCUGUCAUAGAGAACCUUCCCCAAACCAACAUGGCUGAGCUACUGACCUCCCUGGUGUGUCUGGCCAUUCUGGUACCGGUCAAAGAAGUCAACAUGAGAUUCCGACAGUACCUACGCACACCCAUCCCCGUAGAGAUCCUCACGGUGAUAAUAGCUACAGGAGUGGCCUAUGCUUCCUCUCUGGACUCAAACUAUGACGUUCAGAUAGUGGGACACAUUCCUGCAGGCUUCCCUAGUCCACGGAUGCCUGCCUUGCACAAGUUGCCUGAGGUCGCUGGAGACACGGUCGCCAUUACGUUCGUGGGUUAUGCUGUGUCCGUCUCACUGGCAAUGAUCUACGCAGACAAGCACGGCUACUCCAUCCAACCCAACCAGGAGCUCCUGGCCCAUGGUAUCUCCAACACAGUGUCGUCUCUCUUCACCUGUUUCCCCAGCUCAGCCACUCUGGCCACCACCAACAUCCUGGAGAGUUCUGGGGGAUUCACACAGCUCUCUGGCUUGUUCACCAGUCUGGUGGUUCUGAUAGUUCUACUGCUGAUUGGACCUCUCUUCUACUUCCUGCCCAAGGCAGUGCUGGCCUGUAUCAAUGUCACCAGCCUCAGGCAGAUGUUUCUACAGUUCCAGGACCUGCCAGACCUCUGGCGAGUCAGCAAGAUUGACUUCGUAGUGUGGCUGGUGACUUGGCUGUCUGUUGUGGUCCUGAAUGUCGAUAUGGGUCUGGCUAUUGGAGUGGUCUUCUCGAUGAUGACAGUCAUCUGUCGCACACAGAGGGCUGGGUGUUCCGUGCUGGGCAGAGCGAGCAACACAGAGAUCUACAGACCUUUAGAGAACCACAACAAGUGCUAUGAAGUUCCAGGUGUAAAGAUCCUGACAUACAACGGGCCCAUCUACUACGGCAACCGCAGCUUCUUCAGAGAGGACAUGAGUCGUCUGCUGGGCCUCACCCCAGAGAGGAUCCGCAGUAGAGAGAAGGCCAGGAAGGCCCUGGAGAAGAGGGAAAGAGAGGCUGUCAGCACUGUGGAGAGAGGUGUCGCAAACACAUCAUUUUCAUCUGAGAAUGAGUUCUUUAAAUCUGAAACAGCUGAAAGUGAAGUCCAGGCAGUACUAAUAGAUUGCAGCAGUGUGAUUUUUGUCGAUGUUGCUGGAGCCAGACUCUUCAUACAGAUGUGUAUUGAAUGCCAGAAAGUUGGGGUUUGCAUAUAUUUGGCCAAUUGCAAUGAGAGUGUUCUGAGGAUCCUAACCUCCAGUGGACUGAUGAACUACAUGAACCCACAACACAUCUUUGUUACGGUCCACGAUGCUGUGAUGUACAUUCAACAACAGAAGGAGCAAACUCCAGAAAACACGACUACCGUUUGGGUGUGAGAUGGUCGGUCGGCCAUUUUACACGUCAAGAUGAACUGAUAUGCCGUAACAUGCACGAUACAGACCAGGGGGGGAAAACAUCUCUCCCUCUACAAGAGCUGUACAUCAAGGUUUGUUCCUGGUCUAAGACAGGUGCAGUGCUGUGUUAAAUGUGUAUACUAGUAUGCCAUGGUUGGGCUUCAAGAAGGGAGCAGCGUAUUGUAGCAUUUCCGUAAGAAAUGAAGGGUCAAUCCCAGUAUUUUAAAUAAGUAUUUUAAAGGAACAAUACUGAAGAGACUUGCACAAGUGACUACAACGGUGGCAGAGCACGUAUGACGCAUAAAGUACUCCUGCUACUCACUGGAAUCCAGGAGAAGAGGCCAAUGAGAGAUGUUUAUCUACUACAGUAACCCUAGUAAACACAAAUAUAUAUACAUUAUUUGAUUAUUAUCUGUUAAAACAUUGCUUAUUAUAUCUGAAUGCUGGAGAAAUAGUGGCCAACCAUUACUGCUAUUUGUUUUGUAGUUCUGUCAUACAAAAGUGAAUAUUAUUCCGAUGGAUAAAAUGCACUGAAUGCUUUCUUAAAAGGGAGACAUGUAUAUUCACGUGAAAUAAUGCCUUAUUUGUUGUAAAUGUAUAUUUCUGUGUACUGUACAUUGUGUUUAUAAUGAAAUGCACUGCAGAAAAGGAGUGAAAUUAAGUACAGAUACCUGUAUUGUCUGCAACUGUAAUGUCCUCCUGCAGUUUUUGUAAUACUUUUAUUGAGUUCUUUUACAAUAAACAUGCUCAAAAUGUACAGCUUA